AGCAAUGAUCACAGUGUACCUCGAUCUACCUUCAACCGCAACUGGGAAUCGUGAGCCGUGAAACCAUCAGUCAUCAUGCGGAACAUAUAUGCCUUAACUCUGCUGUUUGUUGCAGUAAUUGCAAGCAGCGCCAGUGGCGCUAGUGUGGAUAGGUUAUACGGUCAAGACGAGUCCGCAUACCCAGUGGCAUUCGGCCGGAAUGCUAGGGAUGCUUCCGCGCCAUGCCAAGCGACAACUCCGCCACCAUGUGCAGCAGCAACGACAACUCCCCCACCUUGUGCGGCCACCAAGCCUCCUCCAUCCACAGUAACAACGCCAAAAUGUUCUGAAGAGGAUGAAACUACGUCAACAACCACUACAACCACAACGACAACGACCACCACUACAACAACAACGACAACGACCACCACUACAACAACGACAACGACAACGCCAACUACAACUACAACGACCACCACUUGCACCCCAUCAACAACCACUACAACGACAACGACCACCACUACAACCACAACGACAACGACCACCACUACAACCACAACGACAACGACCACCACUACAACAACAACGACAACGACCACCACUACAACAACGACAACGACAACGCCAACUACAACUACAACGACCACAACAACAACUCCGACUACGACUACAACGACUACCUGUGAAUCGACAACGACAACUACAACGACAACUACAACGACAACUACAACGACAACUACAACAACUACGACUACGACAACGACUACGCCAACUACAACGACUACGACCACAACAACAACUCCGACUACGACUACAACGACUACCUGUGAAUCUACAACGACAACUACGACAACGACUACGACAACGACUAAGACCACUUGUCCGACAACAACAACCACCACUUGUCCGACAACAACCACCACCAUUUGCCCGACGAAAACUACUACUCGAUGUGCGGGUGUCUCUGGCUCAAAGGUCGCCGCUUCGUCUCAGUCCAACCGUAAUCCCAUCCGACGACCCAACGCAAGACCUCUCUGGGAAGUAGCCGCUUAUCAGCAGUCGAUCGGCACCAAAUCGCAGGAACAAGGACUUCAGAUGUCCUGCGUCGGAAAACCCGAUGGCUUCCUAAUGGCAUCGCCGACACGCUGCAACGACUAUUACAUCUGCCGUAACCAGCGGGCUCUGAAGGUCAGCUGCGGUGACAGAUACUUCAAUGCACUGAAGGGCAUCUGUGAUCUGCCCGAGAACACGAGCUGUGUUCAAUCUUAAGAGAACACCACCCCGAAGAUGAUAUUGAACCCCAAAGCGCAUCAAUGCGGAAAAUUGGAAGAAACACUUUUAUUGGAAAAUUAAUAUAUGUAAAACUGUAUAUUUCUAUAUAAAACAGCAGCAGCUUAUAAAAAGCUAAUGAAUUUUAAAAA